GUUACUGUUAUUCAAAACUAGCAGACCAAUGUCAGCCGUCAGUUUAAUUCUUUACUCAUUCAACAUGUCUGGCUGUUUCAUUAUAAAAACUGGGAGCUGGGCAUUGGCCUUGUUCUCCGCCUUUCUGUUUUUCUUUUUGCAAACGCCGCCCUGCUUUCCUCAGCCUCCGGCCUGCCAUCUCCUUGAGACUUAACACCAUGCCUUCAAUUAAGUUGCAGAGUUCUGAUGGAGAGAUAUUCGAAGUUGAUGUUGAAAUUGCAAAACAAUCUGUGACUAUCAAGACCAUGUUGGAAGAUCUGGGAAUGGAUGAUGAAGGAGAUGGUGAUCCAGUCCCCUUGCCAAAUGUUACUGCAGCAAUAUUAAAAAAGGCUGCAAACUACUUAGAAAUCAAAGGUUUGCUUGAUGUUACCUGCAAGACUGUUGCCAAUACGAUCAAGGGGAAAACUCCUGAGGAGAUUCGAAAGACAUUCAAUAUCAAAAAUGAUUUUACUGAAGAAGAGGAAGCCCAGGUAUGCAAAGAGAACCAGUGGUGUGAGGAGAAGUGAAAUUUUGUGUCUGACGCUAUAACACUGUAAGGAUUGUUCCAAAUACUAGUUGCACUGCUUUGUUUAUAAUUGUUAAUAUUAGAAAAACAGUCAACAAAUGCAGCAGCAAAUCAGUUGUAUUAGCAGAAUGUUGUCCUCAUUGCAUGUGUAGUUUCAGUACAGAUUCCAAACUUAUGGCUCCAUUUCUUCUAGUAUGAUCAAAAGUUCUUCUUUCUUUGCUCUGAAUAAAAUUGAACUGUGGGUUCUCUAUAGAAAGUGGCAUUUUGGGCUUUCCCUCUUUUUGUAAAGCAAUUUCUGCCUAGUUUGCUGUCCAGUUAACUUUAGUGACUUUUAAAAGUUGGCACUGUAAAUAAAGCAACUUGCAAAAAAUUUUCUGAAACAGAAUUAACAAUGUAUUAUCUUUAUUCAUGAGUUGGAAACGAGAGAAAGGCUACUUGAGGUAAAUGUUAUCAGAGUGGGGUUAUCAGAAUGUUUUCCAGCUUCCUGGAGUCAAGGAGUGCCACUGGUAUUGAUUAGCCUGUAUGUAGCAGGGCUCCCUUAAUUGUAUCUCAGGACUUGUUUUUGCAUUUUUAAUCCUCUCAGCUUUGAAUAUGCUGUCUAGAGGCUCAGUUAUCUACUCAGUUUGUGGUCUGGGAGAAAAUAUAAUUAGACAGUUUGCUGGCUUUUCAGUUAAGACAGUUAACCCAUGUGGUGUGUCAUCUUUUUAUAAUCAGUAAUCCCAUGUGGGGAAAACUAUUCACACUACUUCCAUGUAAAAAAAAUAGUUUAACCUUUAAUGUUAAAAUGUGUGUCAUAACCCAGAAAGCAUCCGUCAUAAAUGCAAGAUACUUUCA